AUGGCAUACAAGCGCACUUCGACCCUUGUCGGCCUGCCCGACCAGGAUCGAGGCUGGGAAGAGGUCCAGGCAAAGACCUUCACCAAAUGGCUCAAUACCAAGCUCGAAUCGAGGCAGAUUCCGCCCAUGACGUCGCUCACCACCGACCUGUCGGACGGCGUCAAGCUGGUCCAGCUCAUGGAGAUCAUGGGCGACGUCAGCCUCGGCCGCUACUACAAGACGCCGCGGAUGCGCGUGCAGAUGGCCGAAAACGUCAACCUCGCCCUCGAGUUCAUCAAGAGCCGCGGCGUCGUCCUCACAAACGUCGGGGCAGAAGACAUUGUCGAUGGCAACCUCAAGCUGAUCCUCGGAAUGAUCUGGACGCUGAUUCUGCGCUUCACGAUCGCUGACAUCAGCGAGGAGGGUGUCACCGCCAAAGAGGGUCUGCUGCUCUGGUGCCAGCGCAAGACGGCCCCCUACAAGGAGGUCGAGGUGGUCAACUUCACCAGCUCCUUCAAAGACGGCCUCGCACUCUGCGCGCUCAUCCACCGCCAUCGACCGGACCUGCUCAACUACGACGCGCUGCCCAAGUCUGACCCGCACGCCUGCACGCGACAGGCGUUUGAGGUGGCCGAGCAGCACCUUGGCAUUCCGCAGCUGCUCGACGUCGAGGACCUCUGCGACCGCGCCAAGCCCGACGAGCGCAGUGUCAUGACGUACGUCGCCCAGUACUUCCAUGCUUUCAGCUCCAUGGAGCAGGCCGAGGUCGUCAGCCGCAGGGUCGCCACCUUUGCCGACGUCAUGCAGAGCGCCUGGGUCAUGCAGCAGGACUACGAGCGGAGGGCGAGAGAGCUGAUCAACGCGAUGCGCGACGUGCAGCAGGCUUGGGCCGCAGCGACCUUCCUCGGCACCUACGCCGACGCUCGCUCACAGCUGACGACGUUCAACGAGUACAAGCACGGCGUCAAGCGCAUGUGGGUGCGCGAGCGGACCGACCUCGCGGCGCUGCUCGGCAACAUCCAGACCAAGCUCAAGACCUACCACCUGCGCGAGUGGGUGCCGUCCGAGGGCCUCGCUCAGGCCGAUAUCGAUGCGGCCUGGCAGACGCUGGCCAGAUCCGAGGCGCAAAGGAGCCGGGCCAUCAACGCCGAGAUCCGCAACGCCAAGGAGAACCUGCGGCUCAAGUUUGCCCGUGCCGCCAACGACUUCGAGGGGCGGCUGCGCGAGAUUGCCGGCGGCAUCGCAGGUCUCGAAGGAGACCUUGAGCGUCAGCUGGACGAGGUCAAGCACCUGCAGGCGAGUCUCGAGCCGUUCAAGGACGAUCUGGCAACAAUUGCCGCGGUGGAGAAGGAGUGCACCGAGGCCAACGUCGAGGAAAACGACCACACCAUCUUCACCGUCGACGACCUCAUCUUUGAGCUCGAGCUCGUAACGACGAGCGUCAACAAGAAGCUGGCGUUUAUCGAGAACCAGAUCGUCUCGAGGCAGCACACCAACCUGACACCGGCACAGCUCGAGGAGUUUGAGUCGACGUUCCGAUACUUUGACAAGGACGCUUCCAACACGCUCACCAUGGCGGAGCUGGGCGCGGCGCUCGCCAGCCUUGGAAUCAUCUACACGGAAGAGGACAUCGAGCAGAUCCACCUCCAGCUGUCGGAGAGCUUCGGGGCGGUGUCUUACGAUGCGUUCCUCACGUUCUUGAGGGAGAUCACCGAGGACACGACCUCGCCAGACCAGCUGCUGGAGGCGUUCCAGGGCCUCGCAGGCGACAAGCCGUACGUCACCGAGCUGGACCUGAGGCUGGCAUUGCUGCCGCAAGGCUCGAUCGACUACCUGAAGGCUGCGAUGCCCCAGGGUCAGGUCGAGGGCGUCGAAGAGCCCGUGUACGACUACGAAGGCUACCUGACUGGGCUGUUUGGCGUUGCGCAGGCGUAA